AUGCGAGUGAAAAGCGAAGAAACGCCUGAGGAAAAACUUAAGGAGUCCCGUUGGAUAAUGCAGCCACUGGGCCGCACCAGAUAUGUCUACCUCCUCUUCAUGGUCAUCCUUACCGUUGUCAACUUGGUGACAAUCCCCAUGGACAUGGCUUUUGCUCAGGAUAUCCAUGGAACAGCACACAAGUUUUGGAUAUCGUUUAAUGUCAUCUCAGACAUAUUCUUCUGUUUAGACAUCCUCAUAAACUUCCGAAUGGGAUUCUGCAAUGAAGAUGAUCAGGUGCCCAUUCUUGAUCCUCAGGUGAUAAAGAAUGAAUAUCUAAGAUCCUGGUUUGUUCCAGACCUGCUGGCUGCAUUUCCGGCGGACGUCUUCAUUGUAAUUGUGGAAAACUAUCACGUUGAACCGAGCUCGCUGAUGGCCUCAAAGUUGCUGAGGAUCCUCAUGUUUGCGAGGAUUUUGAGCCUGAUACGUCUGCUCCGUGUGCCGAAGCUCGCCAGGUUUUUCUUGGAACUUGAAAGUGUUUCACAUAUCCGGCUCGCAGCAGUCAGAAUUCUCUUUAGAUCCGUGUGUGUAAUUCUGCUGCUGUUUCUUAUCACGCACUGGAACGCCUGCAUCCAGUUUUUCAUAUGUGCGCUGGGUGAAUUUCCACCUGAUAGCUGGGUCACUCGAGAACACCUCCUGAAUGCCUCAAUUGGAGAGAAGUACUCUUCUUCUUUCUUUCGAGCAUUCUCCCAAAUGACCCAGACACCAUAUGCAUUUCCUGACCCUCCACGUAUUGAAGAACAAUGGACCACCAUCAUAAGUAUUGUGAUUGGCUGGUGGAUGUUAAGUGCACUUGUUGCUUUGGGGAUAGCAGCAUUUGCAGCUAGACAGGCGAACAUAGAAGAGCUGAAAAACUUUGAGCAUCUGCCCAAGACUUUGCGCCAGCGUGUCAUCGCAGGCUACAGAUGGCAACAGAAAAAGAGCUUUCUCAGCCUCCUGCAAGAAUCACUAAAAAAGGAUGUUAUGGAAGUCAUGUGCCCAAACCUGACGAAGGGAUGGAUGUUUGCUAGCGGCGAUGUCAAGAUCAUUGAAGCCGUUCUGAUGAAGCUGGAGUACGAAAUCUUCCAGGCAGGCGACAUCAUCAUCCGUCUGAAAGGGCCCGCUGACAUGAUGUUCUUCAUUGAGGAUGGACGGGUACUCGAGGAGACCAAGUUCUUCCAGAAGGAGCUCUCACGUGGAGAUUUCUUUGGAGAGAUCUGUUUGCUCCUGGGAGGCGUGCAGCCUGUUCAAGUCCGUGCCUUAAGUUCCUGCACACUUUUUUCCUUGUCUGUGGACAAGCUGCAGGAACUUGAGAAGAGCUUCCCAGAUGUGAUGACCGAUCUGCGCGAAGUGGCUCAUCAGCACCUUACAGAUAUCGAGAAAGGUGCGGAGAAGGAUGGAGAAGAAGAUGAAGUGUAA